AUGAGAAAGCUCCUGGUAUUGUGUGUGUUCGCACUGGUAUCAUCGGCAAGAGGCAGCAAUUACGACGCCUAUUUGGCAGAUUUGUACCAUCGAAAUCGGGAGGUGCACGAUGCCUUCCGUCGAAGCUAUCCCAAUGGGGCUUAUGUGCUGGACUCCGUGAUUACAUCACCUGAUUUUUAUCAGGUACAUCCCAUUCUACGGGAAUACGAAAGCGGAGAGGAUUAUGGAGAUGCAGAUAGCAACGACGACUGGGAUCGCCUACUGGGGAGUCUCGCCUUUGCUCAGGAUAUUGCGAGUAAUCCGGACACCGAAUUCGCCGAGAAGCGCUUCCAUUCUUGGUUGUCCGAGCAACAGUCAGCAAGAACCAACGACACACCAGUUCGUGCACUCGUUUAUCCAGCUUAUGCAGGAAGUGAAUUUGCACCACAGGACUCCAUGUGGGGCACACAUCGGGUGUCCGGCGGUUCCUCGGAGGUCGGUCGGUGGAUGGACUAUGCGGUGUUUGGAGCACAGGCUCAAGAAGACGAUGAUGACAAUGAAAACGGAGAGGAACUGACAGCAAUGGAACCGGGACCAAAAUCGGAAGUGAAGCUGGAUCAGCUGCCAGCCUACUGUGAUCCUCCCAACCCCUGCCCCAUUGGUUACGAUCCUGCCACCUUAGCAACACCUUGUGAUGAGGGCGUGGUCAACACGGCGGAGUUCAAUAGGAACUGGAUUCUCCGAAAAAUGCGAAAUGGCGAGUGUUUGUGCGAUGAGGAACAUAUGGAAUCAUGUCCAAGGGUGAGUCGGGCCAGCGAAGGGACCCUUGAAAGUUUCCAUCGGGUAAGCAUUUCUGUUAGUUAG